UGAUCAUGAAUCGCACGAAAAAUAGGUCAUGGCGAACAAUUCUUAGUCGCGAUCUCAAGAUCCAGUCUUGCAUCACGUCUAUAGAAGUUUUGCACAAGGCACAUGCCAUUUUUGUUGCUCUCCAGCUCUUGGGAAGAGGAUGCGUUUGGAGGCCAGCCAUUAUUGGCGAUGUGGCUCAGUGAUUUGGGGUGAUUGGGGGUGUGGUGCGGGUGGGGCUGCAACGCACCACUUUCCCGCUCAGCAGUCUCGACGAUUGUUUAGUAUGGCAUUCAUGUUCGCAAACAAUAACGUUCUCAUCUCCAAAUCCUUAUGAUACACUGACAUCGAUUUGCCCCAUCCGACUGAGCACAAAAAGAAAUUAUGUCCGGAGCAGCGGAAGGGUUGGCCGGCCUUGCUUUGAGUGCAAUCAGUGUUGCCGCCUUGUUCACGACAUGCAUCGAGUGUUUUGAUAUUGUUAUUGCUGGGAAGAAUUUCAGUGAGGAUUUCGAGCAACUUUGUGCACUGGUAUAUUAUUCGUGCGCAGCCAUCAAAUAUCUUUACUAAAUUUUGUAGUUUUCCCUGGAACGUGCUCGAUUUGGCCUCUGGGGUGAGUCCGUUGGAUUGAUCCCAGAGCCAAACAAUGGGCGCUGCCUACAGUACGACAUGAACAUCGAUAGACAAGACAUUCGACCGGGAGUAGAAAGGGUCCUCGAUAACAUCAAAUUUCUGCUCGAGGAGGGUGCUCAAAUCAAUAAGAAGUAUGGCGAGACGCCAGUGGCUCAGCACUCAACGUCAUUAGGUAUGCAAAUCUUCAAGACUUCAUUCGAACGAUUCAAACUUUGAAUAAGAAAACAUCAGACAGAUACAUCUGCCUGGAAGGUAACCUCAUGGGCGGUACACGAUGCGAAGAAGUUUGAAGAUUUGAUUGAACGGCUAAGAAGAUAUGUUGAUGGCCUUGAGAGCAUCACUAAAUCUUUAGGAUUAUUGGAAAAUCAGCAUUCUCGGUUAUUAGAAGAAAUUGGCAGUAUAUCGGACGUGGAAAGCUUGAGAUUGCUUCGGGAUGCCUCUUCAAUCCAUGGGAAUUCCACUGCGGGGGAUGUUUCAGAGACCGCGAGCAAACGCAUGGUUGUGAUUGUUGAGUCAUUAAAUUCAGAGGGUAGUACAAUCAACACCAUAAUAGUCUUCCCUGACAACGAACCAGGCUUUUCCCUUCAAGACGGCAUGUACUAGACAGUCUACGGGACUCUUCAGCCACCCCAACUCAAUGCCACAACCACCGGGUGCUUGGCCACGGUCGUUGUCAUCACACAACACAGAAAUGGACAAGGAAACCCAACAAAAUCGGAGUAGCGCUUGUCAAGAAUGUCUUGAAGAGCACUAUAAAUGUGGCACGAUUAAUAAGACGGGUCCUUGCUUAAGAUGCAUACAGACUGGCAGAGAAUGCAGCUUUUCAAAAGGUCCAGGCAAAGACCCAGCUACUUCUUUUAUGUCAACCUCUGAAGUUGUUGAUGCUAUGUAUGAUGCUAAUACCGACGCGUCAUCACCACAACAAUUAUCUCAGAACCGGCGCCUUAUGCAAGGGCUUAUCGAGAUGGCUGGACCUCAUCAAGCUCUGAGUUUUUCUAGUGGCGAUGCACACUAUGGCGAUCGCCUCACUGCUGUCAAAAGCGAAGAUGCAGAAUUCUGGGUACAAAGUUCUGGAAAACUAGUUCUAGCUGCGCAAGCUGGUCCUGCGGUCUGGAAGCGCAUUUUCCUUGACCUUCGUGACAUUCGGCAAGCUAAUGUACCAUUUAUCAGUGCUACUACCAUAAAAAAUCCCCUCGAUACUAUACUGGCAAGCAUUGAGGGACCACCCGAGACGCCAUAUGAAGGCGGCAUAUUCUGGAUUACGUUCAAGAUAAAAGGUCAUUAUCCCGAUCAGUUGCCUCUCAUGAGAUUCAACACAAAAGUUUACCAUCCAAACAUAUCCCCACAAGGAUACGUUUGCAUAGAUAGUCAACCUCAGAAUUACCCGAGACGCUUGAGAAGUUUGGAUAAGUGGCCUUCCGGAAGCGAUAGGAAACUCGAUUGGUCAAUUGGAGCGUUGCUUACCGCACUAUGUGGUCUAUUAUCAUCUCCCGAUGUGGAUGGCCCGUUAGUGCCGGAGAUUGCACACACUUAUCUCAAAAAUUAUGAUGAAUAUUGUUCCAAUGCCCGACUAUAUACUAAGAAGUACGCGUCCGGUGAGAGACCGGAUGAAACAAAUCUUGUGUUUUUUGAUAUCUCUUCUCAAGAAAUUUAUACUUCUUCCAAAGACGAUGAUACUUCUUCUAAAGGAGUUGAUUCCUCAGACUCCUUAAAUAGCCAUCAAAGCAAAAGUGACUCUAGUAGUGAUUCGGGAAGCUUCAGGGAGUUCUAUGACGAAGUUUGGGUAUGAUUCCGAAUUCGAUGAUUCUAGUUCACAUGCCAAAAAUCAUUCUCAGCUCGAAUCAAUCAUUCACAAAUUUAUCAGAGAUCACUGGUCUCACUGCCUAUACACUGGCAAAUCCAAUCCAAAUAUGUCGAAGAAUUGUGAGGCCCGCGCCUCAAAGAACGGUCCGCCCUUGGAGUUCGCUUGUUGGAAAUUUCUUACAUGUCUCUCUUCGCAAUCGCGUCUCCAGGUUUUGAGGUGUUCUCACAUCUUAUAGCACCAGAUAUUCUAGGACUGAUUACGAAGACAUUGUCAUAUUCUUAUAUUAGGAUUCAUUCUGGAGAAAUCUCAUCCAAUGAACUUGGAGGGUCGCGGUUAGUUUUAUGGAGAGUAAAAUGCCAGGCUCAAACAUGAUGGAAAUCAUUCGUGACUGGGCAGUACGAGAAGCAAUUAGUGAACCUACUUUCGCUCCUUUUAAUAUUAGCGAGACCGUGUUUCGAGAGCUUCACCCAUUCAAAUGAUUUACAAGUAAGGAGAGGUAUGGCUAAGCGGCCUAAUCGAGAUUAUUAGUGCUAAAUUUGGAAAUAUAAAGAGCUCAUAUCAGUGACACAUUUCAUAGAGCUCUUAACUUUCUUCCUACCCUGUCAUAAGGAUGAAAUAAUAUUUAUGAACCGAGGAAAUAACACCGGAGGGUAUAUCACAUCAGA